AUGAGUGAGGAAUGGUUUCUAAUGGGAGGAAACGAAUUGGAUUCGCUUCAGUUUAGUCCAAACUUGUUGGCUGCUUUGGGAUUGAAUUUGUGGACAACAAAUAAUUUGGGAACUGGUAACGAAUUGAAUAUGGAUGAACAACAACUUGUUGAAAAUAAUGGAAAUAUUCUUGAUUGUCAACAACCAUUGGAAAGUUUAUUGGAAAGACCUUCGGAUAAUUCGUCUCCUUCAUCCUCAGAGGAACAAAAUAAGGAAACUAAUGAAAAUGUGGAAGCAGAAACGAGUAGUGAUGGUAGAACUAAACCAUCCUGUGAUAGAUGUGUAUCAAGAGGAAUUCCAUGUGAAUAUAGAGAAUCCAAAAGAAAACAAAAAACUGAAGAAAGUAGCCGAAAAAAGACGAAACCAAGUCCUGAAGAAUCCUCACAUCCCUCAUUCUUUCAUAAAACGCCAAGCUUGACGAAAUCUAACACAAUUGAUUUCUAUUUCGCAGUGAACUGGAUCUUAACCACUGUUAAUAAGGAAGAAUUACGUAAAUUAAUUUUACAAGAUCAAGACGAAACUAAUCAAGAAAUUAAAUUAGAAAUGGAAGCUUUCUUUUAUAGUGCAAAAUCAGUGGUUGAACAAUUCCUUGGGAGAAGCGAGAUUUCUAAUGAUAGUGCUCUAAAUUGCAGAAAGAAACUUGCUUUAAUCAAUAAGGCGCCUUCCUUAGUAGUUUCUUCUGCGUAUCUCAAUUUGGCAAUUGUAGAAAUUGGAAAUGGAAAUUUGCAACUUUCGAAUUAUUACAUGAAUAGUGUGAAAUUUUAUUUUACAAGCAAAAGUGAAAAGGAAAGAUUGGAAAUGACACCUGAGGAACAGGGACUACUCAAGACACUUGGAGUAUUUGAGCAUAUGGUAGUUUUCCAUUCGGAUUUCGAUCUUGCCAUUCGAAAUAUUCCAAAAUUAUACGAAUUUGCUAGUGGAACUUUUCUUCCAAAAUAUGUUUCGGCUCUUUUCGAACAAUCCAUCACACCACAAAACUGUAAUGAAAUCAUCGCAGUUUCUGAAUCCUUAUUCAAUCAAAUGGUCGAAUUGUGUAAGACAGUAAUUGAUAUUAAGAAACCAGCUAAUAAGAAACAUUACUACGAUGGACUAUUCUUUACCAGAGAUAUUUUCUAUAAUGGAAUUCAAAUUGGAAUUUUGAUAAGAGCUACCACUGGAAAGGAAUUAAUUGAGGAAGCAAGCUUGAAAAUUUCACAUCUCACUGGAAAUAUUUUCUUUUCUGCAACCUCUCCUAUCUUAAUUCCAUAUUUCAUUUUGGCAGCCCGUGUCAACCUUCAAAUUGCUAAAAGUAUUCAAUCAGGAACGAGAGAAAACAAUCAGUUGGGAAUUGGACCAGAUGGAAAUCCAAAGAAAAUUGAUUAUUUUGAAAUAGUUUCCAAAGAUUUGAAAGCGUUGACACUUUUAAACAAUAGAUACAAGAUAGUUCAAUUACAAAAUGAAACUCUUUUACGAUCCAUGAGUGAAGUAGUGAAUGCUUCAAGAAACCAACCAUCAAAUAUUGAAUAA